UUGAAUAUAUAUAUAUAUAUAUAGAGAGAGAGAGAUAGAAACUUCUACAGUAUUCAAAGUGUACACAAAAAUACGUCAGUAUUAUACAGAUUCUUUCACCAAUGUUAUUCUAUCAUUCGAUGGAAAAGUUAUUGAAUUACUGAAUAUGUGAGAUUCGAUUCAUCAGCAACUGCAUAGAAUCUUUAUGCAUGGAACUGGCAGACGAUAUUUUAGAAUAACUCUGAUUGCCGCAGAUUUUUACAAAUGUUACUGACGUAAAGACAAGGAAUUCUUCCUGAAGAAUUGUUGUGUAUUUCUGAAGUAGAAGUACAAGAAUUCUGAGUGCAUUUUUGAGAUAACCGCUUUAUGCGCUAUCUAAAAAUCAUGUUUUGGCUUUUUAAAAGAAAGAAAGUAGCUGACAAAAAAGCAAUCACGCCUUGUGUGUGUGAUAGUGGUGACCCAGUACCGGAUGCCCUCAAUCUCCAAGAAUUCGGCACCCGAAGCACAUCCGACGCAACGAUAUCCUCUCGUUUGAACGCGAGUGAGUCCGGCAGCCGGAGCUCCCGCAAGGGCUACCACAGACUCGAGGGGAAGGGGCCUGAGGAUAUCACUGUCCUGCAGCCGCAACCGCCUUCCCUCCCCCUCCCCCCGACGUCGUAUUCCAGAAUGUCCGCCCACAACCCGGAAGAAUGCGUCCCUCCCAGUUCGGGAUCGUCUGAUUCCAGCUCGGACAAUGAGAGGGAUUAUUUCGAGGGAUUCACCGAUUCAGAUGACGAAGACGAAGAGCUGACAUGCAAUUUCUGCGAGCGCUCCUUUAACAGCGUCCGCCGCCUGGAACAGCAUCAACAAAGGAAGAGGCAUUACAUGUGCUCCAUCUGCGACACGGUUUUCGACGGCCUCAUGCUACUCGAGAUGCACAAGGAGACCCUUGACCACUGGUCUGACUACGAAUUAAAGGUCAAACAGGCCCAGGAGGAGUCCGACUACUCGGAGGAGGAGCUAGAAGAGCAUCGGAUCUACAGCAACCGAAGUGGCGAUGAACUGAGGAGGCUGUUGCUUUGAUGGUGUCGAAUCUGCUGCCGAAGGUCCAGACAAAGGCAGCAGCAAUACAGCCUGAGGUUGUGACAGGGCUUGCUUAGAAAUAUUUCUAGUCUGUUAGUAGAAAGUCCUUGACACGUUUUAGAUCUAGUUUUGAAUUUGGUUGUGAGACAGUGCCAAAUUUCUUACUUCAUGGAAAUGCAACACUACAUUUUGAUCUUCCCAGUUUGUAUACAGUAGGCUUCGAAUCAUUAAAUUAGAUUUCGUGGGAGAUUUAGCUCUUCUAGGUCCUAAAAGACAGUUGGUAAAAUUAUGUCUUUGAGAUUUUUUAUAGCUUUAUAAUCAGGUAAAUGCGAAAUCAUCAGCUUAAUUAGUCUAUUUAAGGUUGCAAUGGAUGUUGGAAAUGUGGUACGACUGAAUUGUAAUCCCUGACAAUUUUAUUGGCAAACAAAUAAUGGCAUAAAAAUUUCAUACGACAUCUUUAUUC